CUUUACAGAUGUAGUAACUACAAAUCUUAAACUACGAAAUCCAUCAGAUAGAAAAGUAUGCUUCAAAGUGAAGACCACAGCGCCUCGUCGAUACUGCGUGAGGCCAAACAGUGGAAUUAUUGACCCGGGAUCAUCUGUAAUUGUUUCAGUUAUGCUGCAGCCUUUUGACUAUGACCCAAAUGAGAAGAGUAAACACAAGUUUAUGGUACAAACAACCUAUGCACCACCAAAUAUUACAGAUAUGGAGGCAGUGUGGAAAGAAGCAAAACCUGAUGAGUUGAUGGACUCCAAAUUGAGAUGUGUGUUUGAAAUGCCCAAUGAAAAUGAUAAACUGAAUGAUAUAGAUGCAAGCAAAUCCACCCCAGUACUGAACACAUCUAAGCAGGAUGGACCGAUGCCAAAACCACAUAGUGUUUCACUUAAUGACACUGAAACAAGGAAGCUGGUGGAGGAGUGCAAAAGACUUCAGGCAGAGAUUAUGAAGCUGACAGAUGAAAAUCGGCACCUGAGAGAUGAAGGCUUGAGGCUCAGAAAGGUAGCGCACUCGGAUAAAUCUGGAUCACCCGCAGCUUUGGCCCUCAGAGAUAAUGGCUCUAAUUCUCUUCCUUCACUUCUUGUUGUAAUUGCAGCCAUUUUCAUUGGAUUCUUUCUAGGGAAGUUCAUCUUGUAGAAAGAAUGAGUGAGAGAAGCAUGCAAAACUGCAGCUUCCUGUUUUUUGUUUUAGUUUUUUUUUUUUUUUUUCCUCUUGGCCAGAAAAAGGUUUGUUUACCUACCACAUCAUGGGUAGUAUGGCCCGAGCGGCCGUUCUUGUGUACAGCAUCGUAACAGGCUUUGCCUUUAAUGAUCUCGCACGGUUAGAAAACACAAUCUGAAAAGACAAACUGUUCAGCUGCUGGACAAAAUUGUAUAUUCAGUCAUCAAUAGCAGGUAUCAGUUGCACAGUCAGUCCUUUAUGAAAAUUCAUAAAUAAAGAAAUGUUCUUUCUUUCUGUGGUUUUAAUAAGAAUUCGAAAAUUGUUCAGAGUCUUGUAAAUGUUAUUUUAAUAAUCCUUUAAAAUUUUAUCUGUUGCUGUUACCUCUUGACAAAUGAUUUAUUAGAUUGCUAAUCCCACUCAUUCAGGAAUAUGACAAGAGGUAUUCUGGGGGAAAUGGUGCCUCUUACUGUGUAAAUUUUCUCCUUACCUUACUUUGCUAAUAUCAUGGCAGAAUUUCUUUCUUAUUCCUUGUGAGGCAUUGUUGAGAGUUCUUCAUCCUUAACAGUCCUGUCCCAUAAUAUUUAACAUGACAAAAGAAAUAAAAUUGUUAACAGAUUUUUCUGCUGGGUAGCCUGUUUGUGUGUGUCGUGCUUUUAGAGGGGAUUCUUAACAAGUUCAUUGUUCAUGGUAAUUUGCUACUUGUAACAAAUGGCUAUUUUGAAGUUUAUUUGCUUAAGUCUCUGGCUUUGACUGUUGUAAUUGAAGCUUGGGAAAGAAAAAAAAGGUUUCCAUUCCAUUUGUUUAAGAAAAUGAACUGUUUUCUGACUGCUUUCAGCUACAAAGAAGAUGGUUAUCAAACUUGUUUUGGGACAGAAUGAUUUAGAUAUCCAGCAGGUGCAAAUGCCAGACAUGAAUGUUUUCAAUAUAUUAACAAUUUGCUUGGAUUGUGCAGGAGUGUAAUAAUCAACCUUCUGUUCCAUCUUUGGAUCUUCUGGGUGUCUUCCAGGAGUCAACAUUAUUCUUUGAUUUCUUAAGGGUACUUAAUUCACAUAUAUUAACUUACUCAGUUUAUAAUUCUGUCUUAGCAGAUACUAAAAAUGCAAGAUGAACAUUCAGACACCCGUAGUGUAUUCCAUGAUGCAGAAGAGUUGAUAUUUGCUGAGUUGCUCACCUUUGGCUCAGUUGCUCACCUUUGGGAAAUAAAAAUCAUUUUAUACAAUUCUUGGCAGAUCUACCUGUUUUAACCAUGUAUAGCUAAGUUUUAAAAAAUGCAUUUUUGGGGUCUGAAAUGCUUCCCUGCACUUAAUCUUAUGUCUUGCCUCAUCUCUGAAUAUGUCAUAAAAACAAACAGUAGUAUUGAAACAAAAUAUUAUCUGUACUUCAGAGUAAGCAUAAUCCAAUUACAGGGAAUUACUUGUAAACUUGAAAAAUUGUGGAAGAGGUAUACUCCUGUAAGCAAAAUUGUGUAUGCUCUUGGACAGCUUGACUUGAUGUGGUGCAGCUAAGUGUGUUAGACCUUGGUGUAUGCACACCUUAUGUAGCUGAGAAAAAUGUUCUGGGAAAGAUGUACGUUAUCUUGGUUGCCUUUGAUUUCUACUGCUUUUUUUUUUUUAAUUACAUCAUGUUCUGUCAUAACUCUCUGUGAUAAACUUUUUUUAUAAAAUCUUGCACAUGUACAAGGAAGAUGAUGGAGAAAAUGCAAAUACUGCUUAUCUUUUCACUUAAGCAUGCAAGCACUGAUGUUUCCAAUUACUUGUUCCAGUGUCUGCAUUCAAGUCUCCUUCCAUCCCAGUGACUGGAAAAAACUGUGUUAAGGUUUUGAUUAUUUUGGUUCCGCUGGUUCAGAAUGGUGUAUUUCUUCUGAUUUUUUCUCUAACAGAACAUUUCCACAUCAAACUUUCAUAGCCUGUUCCAAACUGAUUACGUGGAAAAUAACGAAAGCAAUAUUGUGCAAGAUGUAGUUUGCUUCAGAUAGAGCAGUCAUUCCUGCAUUGAAGGGAGAAAAACCACACAAAACACUCUGGAAGAUCUUAAAAUGUUUACAGCGUGGUGUGCAGAGGUUUUCAAAGGUGCUAGCACUUAGAGGACUUAAAACCAGAAAAAAAAGUCAUUGCUCAAUGCAGCUGACUCAGGUUUUGAUAUCUGGCAGCAGAAAUAUGGUAAAAGUAAUGAUAAAAUCAGAGUGAAAUAACUUUUUUUCAUAAAUAAGAAAAAAGUUGGUGGUAAAACUUUGGUCAUGGUUUUAGUGAUGCUUUCAAGUGUACAGCGCUCUUGUAACCGGAGUUCUCAGUAAUGCGCUAAGGAGACUGUCUUGGUUUCCCGUAAUCCCUUCAUAGCUGUAUAUAAAAUGUAAUGCUAAAACUAUUUUGCUCUCAGGAGUCACUUUGGAUGAGAUCAGCUGUAUUCAGUGAAUUAUGUAAUAUGGAUUAAAUUGUUUGUCUUUGUUCCUGAAAUGGUUAGAACUUCUUGCUUUGUCUGCCUGCUUACUCGUGUAUGUAAGCACAGGGAAAUACAGUCUCUUCAUCUGCUCCUGGUGAGAUGAGCAGACCAUGAUGCCCAUAAAGUUGUGUCAGGGUAAAUGCAUAAUUUCAGUUAAAUAUAUGUUGCAGGUUGCUCCUCUGAUUUUUGGAAAGGGCAAGAUGAUACAAGUAUACAAUAUCAAAGUAGUUAUUUAAUUUUUUUAAUGAAUAUAGCACUUUAAAAAAGAGUAGUAUGGUUCAGGGGGAAAAAAAAUAAACAUAGCUAACUAGAAGAUACAGCUGCUGUAGUAAUUCUGGGCACCAAAUUUAACCCACUUAAAAAAAUAUAUCUAUAAAGUUCAUUUAAGAAAAAGUUAUUUGUAUCAAUGCACAAGUUAAUUGUGUGUUUCUACUCAUUCUCUAAAAGCUGUUGACAGACACUAUUGCCCAGGCUUGCAUGUUUCUGCUGCUAUGUUUGAAGCCAACUUACUUAAAAGAAGCAACCAAACAUUAGCUUGGAAAUUCAUUAUCCUCCUGGGAGGAGGGAGGGUGGAGGGAGGAGUUGAAAGGUGACAUUUUGCCAAAGGGGAAAAGACAAAGUCAAUAAGCAAAACUUAUCUUUCAGGCCUUCUUCAAAGUUAUUAAAGGUUGAAGUGUUAAUAAACUAUUAAAAAUGUA